UCACGUGACUGAGCGGUGUCAGUGUGCGGAAGUGCAGAUUAUACACUUGAAGCACGGAAGUAUGGACAAAACCUCUCUAAAUUCGGGUCCCUUGCCCGUUGUGGACCUCAGACAAAAUGACGGCUCGUUAGUAUCUACGUUGAAGACCCUAUUAUUCUUCACAAUUUUGAUGAUCAUGCUUCCUAUUGGACUGUAUUUCUCAUCUAAGGUCUACGUAUUUGAAGGUGGAUAUGGAAUGUCCAACAAAGACAGCUAUUUUUAUGCCGCCAUUGUGGCUGUAAUUUCUGUGCAUGUGGUUUUGGCUAUGUUUGUAUAUGUUGCAUGGAAUGAAGGUUCUCGGCAGUGGCGUGAAGGAAAACAAGACUAAGCACCUCCUUGAUCAUUCUUCAAACAACUAGUUUUGUGGUUGUAUUUUUUUUUGUGGUCUUCCGAACUGUACAAUGUAACUGUAACUAUGCACUAUAUGUUGCCUCAGUUAGUAAGCUGUUAAAUUUUAAUGAAUCCGUUGCAUUUCAUUAAAAUACAUGUUUUUGUUAACAAA